CGAAACUUCAAUCCACCAUCGGCGCGACACUCAAUUCGGGCUAAACAGCAACGGCACCGAACUUAGUUUUGAGUUGCUAUAUUCGGCACUAUGUACGCUCAUUACGCAGACAAAGUGCAAGAGAUCAUUGCGAAAGAGAAGGAGAAAAAGUCUUUGGGGAAAACCGGGCCGCCUCGAUCGCAUAGGGCGGUGCGUUUGGAACCUCUGCGGGCGCCAAGUGGUGGCAGCACCAAUGGGGUCACAAUUCUGGCAAUCAAUCGAAGCGCGUAUGUGGACAUCAAGUGGCAGAAACUGAAGACCAAGAUCCAAGAUUACUUUACAUCUCGUGCGGGCGCCUUUCAACUGAUCGCCUUCAAAGGGGAUCCCGGGUCCGUUAUCGAUCCGGGGUCCGUUUUCCCCAUUACUUCGAACAAGCAGCAGCUUCUGGACAAUCUCAGUCAAAUCAAUGUUGUCCACUCAAGUAUGCGUCAGGAUUGGAAUUCCUUCCUCGCCAGUGUCUGCACGCACCUCGACUUGGAUCGUAUCGGCAAGGUCGUAGUGUUUAGUCUUCACCCUCCUUUCGUGCCUCCGGCCGCACAGUCUCUGAGCAAUAGGGGCGUUGGGUUCGAAACGAUUUAUAGUGAUGGACCCGAUAUCAAAACUUCGGAAACAACACAAGAACCGGUGCACUUAAGUCUUUACAUGCUUUUCGAUGAGUCGAAAGCACCGACAUAUAAGUUGAAAUCGGACGUAGAUAUCUUGCUCAAGAUUCGCACAAGUUCGACACUGUCGAGCCGAACUUACGAUGUUCAGAUAAAAGAGAGUCCUUACUUCAAGGCGACCGUCGUCACGUUUCGGGAGAUGAAAGGGAACCAAAGCGAGCAAAAAGUCGUUCGCUUGUCAUGCAAGGUCAAGGGGAUAUCGACAAGUGCAGCGCUCGACUUGGUUCCGUAUUUUUUGAACGUCAGUGUUGCUAAACAUUCUUCUUUCGGAAAGCCGAAGCCAGUGACGAUGCAUGUGCUAGGAUUUCAUCUGCAACUGCGUCACUUCCUUGGCGACAUGAUACCCUUCGAUAAUCUAACGAAGAUAAAUGUGUUGCUGAUGGGAGAAACGGGGGUUGGAAAAUCGACCUUCAUCAACAGCAGCUGUUUCCUACUGAGCGAUGAUUAUCGAUCGCUGGCCUUGGCUGGCGCGAAUACGCUCGCGUUCGAUGAAUUCUACUGGCAACCGGACAUAAACGGCCCGCACGGAACAACUCUGCCUUUUACAUUCCUUGACACCCGCGGAAUAUCACCAACGAACUAUGCGGGACAGGAGCUUGAGCUUAUGCUGAACGGCGAGAUGCCGGCGGGAAUUGACUGGGCCCAGUUGAGCCCCGAAACAGAAGGACAGUGCAUCCGAAAUAUUGACAUUAGCCGCCAUGGAGGGAAAUGUCAGGUCGCCCAGAAGCCUGAUGUCGUGCUGUGGCUGGUGUCCCCUUCUUCGCUCGACGAUGAGGUCAUGAUGAAGAAGAUCCGAAUGUUGCAUAGGACAGUGGCGAAAAAUGGGCGUCAAGUGGUAGCUGGAAUAACACGGAUGGAUGCUUUCCCGGAUUUAAGGGGUCGGCUGCACGCUAUCGAGAAAUGUAAACGUGCUACCGGCUGCGAGGUCGUUUUACCCCUCGUGAACUAUACUGUCGCUCAACACCGGCGGGAUUUCGACGUUGAUCGUAUGCUGGGGCAUGUCUGGUUCGCCCUGUGGGAACACGGUAAAGACUUUCAGGCUCGGAUGGCGCUUGACGAAGAUCGGGCCGAGCUACAGAAGGACGGGGGGUCGCCUAAGGACCUUUUUCAUCCGAGACGUCGCCAGACUACUUUCGACUUCAGCCUCCACAAUCAGUCGUUCAGUGACCCGAACACAAAGCACUCGUCUACCACUUGGGCACAACCAAUGCAGCAAACACCUCCUCAGUUCCUGGCGCACUCACUCGAUGAUGUGCCCAGUUCACCUCGUGGACAUUCUUUACCGAGCCCACAUCAACCGCAGGGAAGGACUGCGGUGCAUCACCCACUUCAGCGAUCACGAACGGAGCCCGCUCUCCGCCAUCAGACAGAAGAGACGUUAGGGCAGGUCCGGCGCGCGCAGACGGGGUAUCCACAGCCACCGCCGCCUACUUCAGCCGAGUUCCCCGCAUACUUCAGCCGAGAGGUAACGAAGCCGCAACCGGCCCCUUUCGUGAGAGACGACCCCGACACGCUGCUACCUCGAUACUUUCAGAGACUUGUAACGGUGGAAGAGAACCCAGAACAUUCGUCGAACUACGUCGAAAACGUGUCCUCUCGGCUGCCCACCACCCAGGAGCCGAUCAUUCCACACUCCGCCUCUAUUUCACCACCACAGACCACCUCCGGGAAAUACCGAUUGUUUCACGAAGUAGUAGACCAGCGUUCACCACCGCCGAUCCCCGAACCGUCGAGGCAAGCAUCAAUGCGAAGUGUGGGCUAUGGAUAUGCCAUCAACAUGGAGGACAUUGCGGAUGACGGUUUCGCAGAUGAUGAUACGGAUGGAACGCCGGGGCCGCCGCCUUAUACCCCGUUUUCGUCGGUUCUCUACAGGGAACCGGAGGUCGGGCUCCGCCCGGAGGGCGAUACCACUGCGACCGAGUCCGUGACCUCUGGAUCGACUGAGGACGUAAACGCAGCUCCCCACCCGUUGCGAACUCCAUCACUUACAGAAGCACCACGGCGGACGCACGCACCAACACCUCCGACUACACCACUAGCGAUUCGCCUUCCGGUUGUUGCUUCCAUAAAUGAUGCUCCUCCAUCCCCGGUCAUUACCGAUCCUGCAGAAAAUUUCAGCAUUGGUGAAGACGACUUCUACGAUCGUGCGAUUGAGAUCGCCGCAGCCGCCAAAGAUUUGGCAGUUCAACAGCACAUCGACUGGAAGCUGGUUCACGACUACGGCGACAAAGGCAUCGCGUAUCAGGACUCCUUCCUCAAAGCGCACAAAGAGUAUGCGGACGCGUCUGGCGUGUCUCAAGGCGCCGUGGAAACUUCGUUUUUUCUGGCUCGAUUGCGCAGACAUUUGAAGCAACCUAAUUAGGUACAAUUGACAGCGGCGUACUGUUUUUUUCAUUCUCACGUUUUCAUUUCUUGCACCCUCGUUCCAAUGCUAGCGAAGAGCGCUGGCGCUUGUCAUAUUGUACAUUUUUAUAGAGUAAUGUUGACCUCAUCCUUUUCGUAUUAGCUUUCCCGUAUGACCCACAUAGACUGAGUUUCGUCAUUGCGUGUCCUAAUCCUCAAGUUUCUGUAAGAAAUAGAUUUCAUGAAGGCAUUCGACCAGCUGUCAAAACGCGCUGUCAUUUCCAA